CCUGCACGUUUUCUUUUAGUUCUACCCCCUGUUUUUUUUUGGCUGUUAAGUGCAAGAAUAUUUAAUACUAUACUGUGCGAUGCAACGAACGAUCGGUCAGUCUCGUGGUUACCUUCGUAAUUGGUUGGUGAAUCGGAAGGUUACAUUACGUUGAAAGGGAACAAUGCUGCGCUUGGGAGCUUUUAUUAUCACACGCACUGAGCAAUCGUCGAAAGCCAUCGCCGUCAGUCAGUAUUACAGAUGGCUUUCCGCAUCGGCCCAGUCGAAACCGAAGGAACGGAGCUCGCCGGCCGCUACGGUCAACACCUCGUUCAUGGCGAAUCUGUUCCGUGGUGAGAUCGAGCCACUGCAGGUGUUCCCGUUCCCGGACUCACUCAAGCCGGAACAGAAGGAGAUGAUCGGAUCGCUGAUUGAUCCUGUCACACGCUUUUUCGAGGGCUAUGAUCCAAUCAAGGCGGAAAAGAAUGGCGGCCCUGAUGAGGCAACGUUCCAGAGCAUGUGGGAGAUGGGACUGAUGGGUAUGCAGGCUCCGGAGGAGUACGGUGGAUUAGCCCUACCGAACACCGGGUACGCACGUAUGGGAGAGCUGGUGGGCUCGAAGGAUUUGGGCUUGGCAGUUGUGUUCGGUGCCCACCAAAGUAUUGGCUGGAAGGGCGUUUUGCUGUACGGUACCGAGGAACAGAAACAGAAAUACCUCCCAAAGGUCGUUACCGGUGGUACGAUAGCUGCCUUCUGUCUAACUGAACCAAGUUCCGGUUCCGAUGCCGGUUCCAUUCGCAGCCGUGCAGUUAAAUCGGCCGAUGGAACGCAUUACGUGCUGAAUGGGUCGAAAAUCUGGAUCAGUGGCGGUGGACUAGCGGAUCUGCUUACCGUAUUUGCGCAAACAGAAAUAACGGAUCCAAAGACGGGCCAGAAGCGGGACAAGGUGACCGCAUUCAUUGUGGAGCGUGCAUUCACCGGUGUAACGAGCGGACCGCCGGAAGAUAAAAUGGGCAUCAAGUGUUCCAACACGGCCGAAGUGUACUUUGACGACGUGAAGAUCCCGGUCGAGAACGUGCUGGGCGGUGAGGGCAAUGGGUUUAAGGUGGCAAUGAACAUUCUGAACAAUGGCCGGUUCGGUAUGUCCGGUACGCUCGCUGGCACCAUGGCACACUGCAUUCGGAAGGCGGCUGAACAUGCGACCACACGCGUCCAGUUCGGGCAGAAGAUUGAAAACUUUGGCAACGUGCAGGAGAAACUUGCCCGCAUGGCCAUGCAUCAGUACGUGAGCCAAUCGAUGGGAUACAUGAUAUCGGGCAACAUGGAUGCGGGACACACCGAUUACCAUCUGGAGGCGGCCAUUUCCAAGGUGUUUGCGUCCGAAGCGGCUUGGUAUGUGUGUGAUGAAGCGAUACAAAUUUUGGGCGGCAACGGGUUCAUGACCGCGAGCGGUUUGGAGAAGUUCCUGCGCGACAUUCGUAUCUAUCGUAUCUUCGAAGGUGCUAACGACAUUCUGCGAUUGUUUGUCACGCUUACCGGCAUCCAGUACGCAGGGUCUCAUCUGAAGGAGUUGCAGCGUGCGUUUAAGAAUCCGACCGCAAAUUUGGGAUUAAUUUUCAAGGAAGGAUCACGGCGUGCGGUACGCAGCAUCGGUUACGGUGGUACGGAUCUGAGCACAUUCGUAGCCGACCCGCUAAAGGAAUCGGCCGCACUGUGUGCUGACAGUAUUGAUCGUUUCUCGAAGAUUAUUGAAGCGCUGCUGAUUAAGCACGGGAAGGGAAUCGUCGAUCAGCAGUUCCUGUUGAUACGUUUGGCUGAUUCGGCAAUUGACAUUUACGCCAUGUCCUGUGUGCUUUCGCGCGCUACGAAAGCUAUUCGGGAGAAUCACCCAUCGGCGGAACAUGAGGUGCUGAUGGCGAAGGCUUGGUGUGUGGAGGCAAACGAUCGUGUACGGAUUAACAUACGACGGGCAAGUAAUGGAGUGUUUCUGAAGAACUACGACACGAUGAGCGCAAUUGCGAAAAAUAUCUGCGCCCGCCAGGGAAUCGUACAGUCGAACCCUGUUGGAAUUGUGUAAAGUGGAAACACUCUCUAUCUACCUCCAUCACCCUUACAUACACUCCGAUUGUGAUACAAACCCACUGCUAUCAAUCAAAAGCUUUGUAACCUUUUUGCUGCAAGUAAAAAGCAAUGCGUGUCGAAAGACGAUUAAAAAGAGGGUCGUUUCUUGCUGUUUUUGACACGACGUUUGAUUUAGAUUACUUUAUUUAAAAUAAAUAAUAACAACAUUCGCACACACUCUAUAUAA